AUGAAGAAUCCUUACCGUGUUUCUAGCGCCAUGGCCGGAUGGUUGGUGCUGGUUCUUUCAUCAUACUGCCUCGGUUAUGUCAUAGCCACCGACUGGGCGGCCACAGUGACAACGGACAAUGGCAUUCUGUUUUUCGAUUCAAACUGGCGUAAGAUAUCUUCUGCGGCUCAUCAGUACAGUCGCAUUUCGGCGUUCGCGUACGAUGAAGUACUUGGCAAGCUGUACUUUAGCGAUCUCGACCAUCUGGAGUAUCGGCUGUUUGCUCUCGACUACGACGAUACGGAUGAACUGCACAAGAUAACCAAGCUGGUACUUAAAUCGCCCCAAACGGCCUACAUCAGUGGUAUGGCAUUCGAUCAUCUGGACCGUCGCCUGUACUGGACGGAAAAGCGGACCCGAUCUAUCUACUACGUUGAGAUUGAUGCGCUGCUCAAUUCUUCACGUUCUGGAAGAAGCGUGACGAACGAAACUGGUACGACGACAACACCUCCGAACGGUGCUGGAAAUACAUCCGGUGGGUCAUCGUCGCUAAUACACCUAGUGACGACGGUGGAACCAGACCACGAGCUAGCAGGAUUAGCGAUCGAUGAGUGCCGAAGGCAUCUUUACUGGACCAACUGUUACCUGAAAACGUCCAAUAUUGUGCGCGCAUCGAUGAACGGCACCGUGCUGAACAUGCACGAAGAUCAAGUAUACCUGCCGAAAGGUAUCACGGUGGACCAUUAUCGCAACCGGCUCUACUGGGUGGAGAAGAAAUUUGGCCGUCGCUACACGAUCGAGAGCGCCAACCUGGAGGUUAACGAUCAGCACACCCUGCACACGGGCCUCGAUCGAUCACCGGCGGACAUAGCGGUGAAGAAUGAUUUCAUUUAUUUUACCGAUCAGGAAAAUAAUGAGAUCUACGAAAUGUCCAAAGAACCAAACGCCCAAUCCCGUACCGUCUAUAGUGGGGAACAUCCGUCCGCAUUGAUACUGCGCGCAAACCUGCUGCUGAAUCAGCAGCGAAACAACCCCGAUUGCCAGACGGUGGUCACUCGCAUCUUGGAGAACAUGCAAAAUUCUAAACCGGCCACCGUGCUGCUACAAGAGUCACAACAGGGUCAGCUGACCGUGUGCCUUAACAACGGCACGGUUAACCACCAUACGAACACGUGCCUUUGUCCAACGGCGUUCGGUGGUAAGCUUUGCGAGAUAGACCUCUGCAAUAAUUUCUGCGCACAGGGUAGCUGCCGCAUCGGACGCGAUAAUCGACCGCAGUGUGAUUGUGACCGACGGUACGAAGGUGAACGGUGCGAUCGGAAUCGUUGCGAUGGGUUCUGUCUGAAUGGUGGUCGGUGUCAGUUUGGUAAUGCCACCGCAGACGCAAACGAUCGGUCCUGCCUAUGCGAUCGCACCGGGUAUAGUGGGACACGGUGCGAGAAUCCAAUCUGUGGGACAGAUUACUGCUAUAAUGGAGAGUGCUACGUGGAGGAUGGCAAGCAUCCCAAGUGUCGUUGCAAGGCGGGCUAUCGGGGAGAGCGUUGUGAGGAAUAUAGCUGCAAUAACUACUGCCUCAAUGGGGGCCAGUGUACGCUAGACAAUGAAACGACUGUUCCUGAGUGCCAGUGUGGGGAAGAGUUUGCGGGCAAAAGGUGUGAAAUUGCGGCCCGGCUGUGCAGCACUUACAACGAAGAUCCACAAUGGCAACAGUACUGUCUGGGCAUUUCCAAAACGUUACCACUUAUGGAACCAAAGGUAACAUACUGCAAGGAAUCGUUCAACCGGACCGUAGUUUACACGUCGCUCUGCUUCACUAUGUCGUUCGCGUUGUUGCUAGCCAUCGUGAUCAUUGUACACCGAAUGAUGAAACCGCCGAGGCCACGCAUCACCAAAAAGAUGGUGGUCACGCCAAUGACCUCCCGGCCACCAACUACACAGUGCGAAAUUACAAUAGAAAACUGUUGCAACAUGAACGUAUGCGAGACGCCCUGUUUCGAUACAAAGCUGCUUACAAAAUCACAAAAAGAGGACAAACAAUUUCUGCUCGAAGACAUAGAAGAUGUUGGGGGAUCCUAUCGAAAGCUACCGAACUGCGGUGAAGGAACGUUGCACGAGCGUAAAUGA